AUGGAGAAAAAACUAUUUCUCAGCAUUUUGUUAGCUUUCUUACUUCAUUUUUUGACACGUCCCUUCGUUCAUGCACAAGUAACCGACAUUUUCACAGACAAACAAGCUCUUCUUGCCCUGAAAGCUCGUAUAAGCCAUGAUCCAAGCAAUUUGUUGGCCAGUAAUUGGUCCGCAAGUUCUUCUGUUUGUCAUUGGAAAGGCAUAACUUGUGGUGCUCGUCACCUUCGAGUAAUAGCUUUGAAUAUUUCUCACUUGGAUCUCACAGCCACCCUUCCUCCUCAACUGGGAAAUCUAUCUUUCCUUUCAAGGCUUGACAUUUGGAACAACAGCUUUUAUGGCUCUCUCCCUGAGGAAUAUGCUCAAUUACGUCGACUGAAAUACCUUGAUUUGAGCCAUAACAGAUUGUCGGGCGAACUCCCUGCUAGAGAAAUUCCAAAAGAGCUUGACAAUCUUGCAAAACUGGAGCUAUUAUCACUGCCAAAUAGUUACUUAACAGGAACUAUUCCAAGAGAAAUUGAGAACUUGACAUUAAUCAAGUAUCUAAUUCUAGAGUCGAACAAAUUAAUAGGUGAGAUACCACCUGAAAUUGGCAAUCUUCAUAAUCUUGAGGUGUUGGAACUUGGAUAUAACCACCUAGUUGGCCCUGUCCCUGCCACUAUAUUCAACAUUUCAACAAUGCACACACUUUCAUUGUAUGAGAAUCAACUCUCCGGAAUUCUUCCGUCAAUUGCAGAGCUUCCAAACCUUGAGGGUCUUUACUUGUGGGAAAAUAAUUUCAGUGGGCCGUUUCCUGAUUUCAUCACCAAUGCUUCCAAGCUCUCCAUUCUAGCAAUCUCAGCUAACUCAUUCUCAGGCUUCAUUCCUGGUACAAUUGGUAAUUUAAAAAAUCUUAAGAGACUUUUUUUAGAUUAUAAUUACUUCACAUCUACUCCUGAUUUGAGCUUUCUUUCCAAUUUGACAAAUUGCAAGAGUUUAAGACGUCUAAUCUUAAGCGAAAAUCCACUAAAUGGCAUGCUUCCAAGCUCCAUAGGGAAUCUUUCUAUUUCUUUGGAAUAUUUUUACAUACAUGGUUGCAACAUUAGUGGCAAACUUCCCAAAGAAAUUGGAAACUUGAAAAACUUGAUACUUUUAGCUUUACAAGAUAAUGAAUUGAUUGGACCAAUUCCAGUUACUAUGGAUGGAUUGCAGAUGCUCCAAGGUUUGUAUCUUCAAAAUAAUAAAUUUGAAGAACUCAUCCCAGAUAUAUUUUGUCAUUUACAUGAAUUGGAUGAGUUGAAUUUUGAGGGGAACAAGUUCUAUGGAGCCAUACCUGCAUGUAUUGGCAGUCUCACUGCACUAAGAAAAUUGUUUUUAGGCUCAAACAGAUUAACUUCUUCUAUACCCUCAACUUUGUGGAACCUAGAGGAUCUCUUGUACUUGGAUGUGUCAUCAAAUUUUUUGGACAGAUCUCUUUCAUUAGACAUUGGAAAUCUUAAGGUUGCCAUAGCUAUAAAUCUUUCAAGGAAUCUUUUUUCAGGAGAUAUUUCAAUUGCUAUUGGAAGCCUAGAAAAUCUACAAUCUCUCUCUUUAGAGUACAACAAAUUACAAGGCUCCAUUCCUGAAACAUUUGGCAACUUGAAAAGCCUAGAAUUCUUGGAUUUGUCUAGAAAUAACCUUUCUGGAGUGAUUCCCAAGUCUUUAGAGGCACUCAUGUACCUCAAAUAUCUAAAUUUAUCUUUCAACCAACUAAGUGGCGAAAUUCCUAGAGUAGGGUCCUUCAAAAAUUUCUCAGCUGAAUCGUUUAUGGGGAAUCUUGCAUUGUGUGGACCUCCUCAAUUGCAAGUUCCACCAUGCAAAAAAGGCAGUCAUCGAAAAUCAAGGGCUAAAAAGGUUUUCCUGUUGAUUCUUUUGCCAACAUGCAUUGCAAUCUCAUUAGUUGUCCUGGUUCUUAUGUCUUUGUUUAUCUGGAAAAGGAGAACAAGGCCAACUACCAAUGUUGAUUUUUGUCCUAGAGGAACAUGGAGAAAAAUUUCUUACCAGGAACUUGUGAGAGCAACAAAUGGAUUCAGUGAGAACAACUUGCUUGGCAAAGGAAGUUACGGUUCAGUUUACAAAGGAAGAUUAGAUGACGGAAUGGAGGUUGCAGCAAAAGUAUUUCUCUUGGAUUUUGAAGGGGCUCUUACAAGUUUUGAAACUGAAUGUGAAGUGAUAAGAUGUGUUCGUCAUCGAAAUCUUGUCAAAAUCAUCAGCAGCUGUUCAAAUGAUGACUUUAAAUCUUUGAUACUUGAAUACAUGCCUAAUGGGAGCUUGGAGAAAUUGUUGUUCUAUGAGAAGACUGUUUUGGACAUUUCUCAUAGACUUAAUAUAAUGAUCGAUGUUGCUUCAGCUUUGGAAUAUCUCUACUUUGGCUAUUCAAUCCCAAUCAUUCAUUGUGACGUAAAGCCAAGCAAUGUCCUACUAGACGAACUUAUGGUUGCACAUUUGAGUGAUUUUGGCAUUGCAAAGCUCUUAGGUGAAGAAAACUCUAUGACACAAACAAAGACCCUUGCCACCAUUGGUUAUAUGGCACCAGAAUACGGGAGAGAAGGAAAGGUAUCUAGACAAGGAGAUGUGUACAGCUAUGGUGUUAUGCUAAUGGAAACAUUUACCAAGAAGAAGCCAACAAAUGAAAUGUUUACAGGAGAAAUAAGCUUAAGGAGGUGGGUUAGUGAAUCAUUAUGCAGCACAGUGAUGCAAGUCGUGGACACAGAUUUGCUUUCAAGGGAUGAUGAAAAUUUCUCAAGCAAGGAAGAAUGUGUGUCGUCUAUCUUAAGCUUGGCUAUGGAGUGUACAAGAGAAUCACCUCUGGACAGGAUCACCAUGAAAGAAGUAGUGACAAGACUCAUGAAAAUGAGAGCCCAACUUGUAGAAAUCAGAACAAGAAAAGGCAGAUGGGUUUUGAAUUUAGGCUAACUUCCUUCUAUUUUCAAUAAGAAUAAAAUUGUAAUAUAAAUGAUCAGUCACAUACCUUUAAUCAUUUCUUUUGUCUAUGUUAUGUUAUCUAACUAUGGAUAAUUGCUUUUGAUUCAUAGAUAGAAAUGGAAGAACUGGCUAGCCAACGUCCUUUCAAUGAGACAGCCUGAGUUUGACAACCUUCUACCUCUACCAUGAGUUUGAUGGCAAGUAUAUGCAUGUUAUAAGGUCAACUUUGAUUAAAAACAAGUUCUUGUAAUAAAUAUUUAAAUUUGAUGGAUCUUAGUAAUGAUAAAGUAUAGGGGUUUUGAAAUUUUCCUAUUUUCACU